GAAAAUGUCGCGUGUGAUUGUGGAGUCAUUCGAACUAUAAAUCUAAUGUGGAAAAAUUACAGAAAACGAAUGAGGAUAUCGUCGUGUUUUAUUGCGCAAAAGUUCACAGAUAUAUUUUGUAAUUUUAAUAACAUGAAUGUUAUUGAUUUUUCCAUAUAAAAAAAAUUCUUAUUGAUUGAAUUAACAAAUUGUACUUGCCUCACACAUAAUCGGAAAAUCCUACGAAUUAUAAAACGAAGCGAAGGAUUUUCCUUCUUCGAAACAAAAAAAAAAAACAAACGAAAACGAAUUAAUAUUUUUUCCGGUACUUGUGGUUAUAAUACAAACAGCAAAAGUGGAUACCGUAAAGAUAGAAGAUUUGGUAGACUCUGAUCCAGAUAUCGAGUUUAUCGAGAAGGAUAGCGGAAUGUCCUCAUUGGGCGGCAGCAAAGAUGAGACACCCGAACGUAAAACUGUAGCCACUACUAGUAGCUACAACAGUGCAGAAGAAAAUUAUGAUGAUGAGCCCGACGAAACCGUGAGUGAACGUUUAUGGGGUUUAACAGAAAUGUUUCCAGAACCUUUACGCGAAUUUACCGGCGCAUUGGUGUGCUUGACAACUAAAGGCGUUAAAGGUCUAUAUAGAUUUUCAUGCAAUGCUUCUUGGAUUUUCUUUACAAGCUCGGUAAUACUAUUUGCUCCAGUCAUAUUUGAAACAGAACGGGCUCAAAUGGAGGAAAUGCAAAAAACACAACAAAAACAAGUGUUAUUGGGUCCCGGUUCAGCUAUGGCAGCUGUUACCGGCCCGACACCAGAACUACCACAAGUGCGCUAAAAAUCCGAGAUUUAAGUUAAUUUUCAAACACCAAAAAAAAAGAAGAAAAAAUCAAUUGUUUAUCUAGCAAACAAAUUAGUCGACAGUACGAUUGAUAAAAGCUAAAACUUAGUAACGAGUAGAUGGACAAAUUUAAUAAUUAUUAGUUGAUUAAAAAAUACCAAAACAAGGGAAAAAUUCCCU